AGCCGUUCAAAGAAGGUGGGCUUCUAGGAGUAAGAGGACGUCCCAGCGAAGAUCAUAAGGGGAAAGUAUUAACACUGCGACAACGAAUAAUGACAGAUUUUCACAUUCUUCUCUUACCAAUCCUUCUUCUCAAGACCUUUAUGACUUAUACGACUGGUAGAAAUUUUACUGUGGGACUAUUAAUUCCAUACACUACUCCAGACACAUCGUCGGCGGAUUUAUUCGGUAUAAGGUAUGCACCGGCCUCCCUUCUGGCACUGGAGAAUAUCAACAACAGCACGCAUCUUCUCCCAGGUCAUCACUUAUCCUUAGUUUGGAACGAUACCAAGUGUGACCGGAAUUUGGCACUAAAAGCGCUCAUCUACCAGAUUUACGAGAAACGAGUGGACGCCGUCAUAGGUCCCGCAUGCUACUGUGAUGUGGGGGCGCGUCUAGCUAAUGUGGAGAAUGUACCUAUGAUAUCAUACGUGAGUAGUGUAAUUCAGGUAUUUUACUGUACUGGUUUCCCCGCGAAAUGAGUUCUGAUGAAGGACUACAGAAAUUCCAUACUGAACAACCUAGAUCUGGGUAGUGCUUCUGAUUGGCUGAAGUAAAUUUUCCUCGCGACACGAUCAAUCAGUAGCACUACUCAGUUCUGGGUAGUGACUUGUCAUCAGUAUGGAAUUUCAGUGCUUGUUUUUCAGACGGCAUUUCACGGCUAAACCAAUGAUGGCUUCACAAAAUGUCGGCUGUUUUCUCAGGCUAGUUUGAUUGCCGAUUGUUAAUAACCCGUUAGGUCCCAAGAGUGACCAACAUCAAUUUUCUCCUAACAACAUUAGCAGAUCAUCAAGAGUAAAGGUUAUGAGAAUUACUAAAUUGGUUACCAAAGGAAGAACGCUUUGAUAUUAACCCAAAUUCUCUCAACUAUUCUUAAAAAGAAAUGUAUGGAGAUCAGUCUGGAGAAUUUGUAUGUGGAUCUUGGGGCGGCGGUUAUAAACGCCCAUAUGUAUCGACUAUGGAAAAUGACAUAACGAGAUCACAAUUUGUUUUUUCUCUGUUUUUUCGCGCACAAUUUUCCAAAGAACAUUAUAUUCUCGAUGUUAUUAUUGUAAAAAACAAAUUCCCCACCGGAUUUCCCUUUUUCUACACCCUAUUAGAUGGUAGAAAUUUUGUCAAAAGUUCAAAACUUUGCAGUGAAACCUCUUACCUGCGACUCCUUGUUUGACGUGACUUUUGAACAUAUUCAUGCCAUUUCUAUUGCUUUCUCUUGUCCCCUUUUCUUUGUGAAUUUACUAACUUUUCCAAUUGUCAGCAAUUCAACAACAAGUUCCUUGUAUUUGUUCUUCUGCACCGGGUGCCUGCUGUGCUAUAAAUGUAUGAACUACACGGUUGGAUCCAGAUAACUUAGAGCAAAGGGUCGCGGGAGACAUGCUAUAAUCAGGGACAAAAGUAGUUGACACACUUGUUUAAAACGGGUGCUUUUAACAAACAUUUAAUUCAUUUCUUAUUUCAUUCUGUUUAAACGCCGUAAAUCCCCUCACCCCCCAAAUCAAUGUUGUCUGAAGUAAAAAAAAGACUUGAGGGUCCAAAAUUCAACAUUGAUUUUGGGGGUAAGGGGUUGGGGUAGACAGGGGAAGAGGAUAAGUAUAUCCACUAUGAAAAAAGGGGACAUUUUAUGGAAGUGUGUCAACACUUUUGUCCCUCAUUGUAGCUCCAUAUAAACUAAUUAUUAAUUUAUUGUUUAAAGGUUUUAAAGAUUUUCACGCAAUUUCAGGCAAGGUGCAUGGGGUGUUCCCCACACGCCUCUAAAUCCGCCAAAGCAUGGGCUUUCUUUAUACUUAACAAUUAUUCCACGAGUGCUCGUUGGACAUGAGUUGGCUGUAAUCACCUCAUACCCAACACGCGUGAGUGGAAAAAUUGUUUUAUUAAUAACGCCCACAAAAUAUCGAAAAUUUUUCCCGACUUUAUUUGUAAAAACAACCGAUUUUCAACUUGUUUUUAAUUUUGAGUGAGCCCUCGCGUACAGUUACCAUAUUUGGAGAGCAUGGUAUAAUGACUCAUAUACCAUGAUGGCUACACCUAUCAGAGCUCUAGCAUUGCAUUAUCCAAUGAUUAAGUUUUUAAUAACUGUAUUUAUACAAGAGCCAUUAUGGCUCUUGAUUUAUAACAUAGCUAGAAUAUUUGCCUAAUUAAAUUCAAUAGCGUUAGUAAUGAGUUCUUUCUUUCAAGUGCAUCCUAACUCAAUGUUGCAUGUUAAAGCUUUAUUUAUUAUGUGUUUUAAAACGCCACGUAGUUGGAAAUUUUUUAACCUUUUGUUAACAGAUAGCAGGGUAAUGAAGUGAGUGUGCGCUACGGCGUGUGCAAAUCGUUCUUUGCAAAAUCUUUUCGUUCAUAAAAAUUUGUUCGGUGUAUUAGUAGUUUUUCAUCCCAAUUUAUAAAAUUACUAAGAAUUAGUACGCGCGCUCUGAUUGGCCGAGAGGAGUGUUUGCAUGAGAGUAUGUAAACAUGAUUGUGGCGUCAAGAUGUUUUGCUUUUCGCUUGCUAAUCACGCAAGCACGAAUUUGAAAACGUUUUCGAGUUAAAAACUCGACAAGUUUACUUUAUUUAGCCAUUCCUUCGUCGGCUGAAACUUGGAAAAUCGUUACAAAGAAGGUGUAUGAAUUUUUUUUUCGCUUAAUCUGACAUUUUAAGCGAGAAAAGUCCUUAUUUUGGAAAGCAUCUUUUUGCAAAACAAGAACUGAUAACGCGUGCAAGACUUCGUGGACAAGACUUUGCGAGUGGUAAGAAUUUCUCUUUUAAUCAGUGCCAUACAAGGAGUUUGCGUCUUUUUUCGGGAAAGCUAUUUUAUAAAAGCAAUAGAAAACUUUUUUCCGGUGUUUGCAUAGCCUUAUAUAAACAUUCGAGGCGUUGGGAGAAUUCUCGACAGUUAUGCAAACCCUCGACUUCGUCUCGGGUUUACAUAACUGUCUCGAAUUCUCCCAACCCCUCUCGUGUUUAUAUCAGGCUAUGCAAACAAGGAAAACAUUUUCUAUUGCUUAAAUGGAUUCUAAAACCCUUUGGAAUGUUAUCUUAAACUUCUUCUAAAUUUUGAAUUAUCUCAGUAUUAAGACAAAAACAUUCGCAAACUAUGAGGUAAAAACAAAAUAUAGUCACGUUUUAAUAAUAUUUUUAAUAAUAUAUUUUUUUUCCGAGUCCUCCUCAUAUUAAUAUCAUGUUGUUGUUGUUUCAUCUUUGAUGUAUAAUAAUAUUUGAUAAUGUUUAUUGAUUUGUGUUGCGCAAAUAUCAAUCCAGGGAUCGGAAAGAAAUUUUCAUUUGCGCAUUACAUUGACCUCAACCAAAUCCUACUGAAAAAUCCUAGUAUAUCUUCCAAUUCCAAAAAUUCUAAAAACAAUGACUAAUUAAUCCUUAAAGUCCUAUUUACAAAUCGCACCUAAAAAAUAAUAAUUCUAAUUCAGGUUUUAAUUUAUAGACAUUGACGCCUACUGCUUUCAGCAUACGCAUGCACAAUAAUCAUAUUUUAAGUUAUUAAACUGCCACAUUGACUGGGGAUGCCAUUUUAAUGUAUAAAACAACUGGUUCAUGCUUUAUCUGUGCGUAUGUAGAGAUAUGAGGCACUUGGGAAGUUUUGAGAGCACUCAAAAGGCUAGAGUUGCUAACGUUUGGUUUGUGCAAAAUUUUCUUUAACUCUCUCUUUAUUUUUCACUAGUUGUGUAAUGCGCCAAUGUAUGACAGCUCUCUGUAUUCAACAUUUGCGAGGACCAAGGUACAACUGGAAAUUCCUAAACUAUCUCAAGGUUUGGUCAAACUCCUUAAAGAGUUUAACUGGAGGAAGGUGGCCGUGCUAUACGAAGACACAGCUCGAGUUAUUGAAUAUGAAAAAGCCGUGGUCAAAGAGUUUAGAAAAGAAGAAAUUGAAGUCCUCUUUGAACAGGACCUUCUUACUUACAGGUACGUGCUAUUACUACUGGGAAUUAAGUACUUUUAGUCUCCAUUUAGUGCUAUUAAUACUUUAUAGACCUAUAUCACUGCUGCUGGCGACUUUUUGCAAAGCAAUGAAACAAGUUGCACAGGAGCACUUCACGUGUUACUUUACUUCUAAGAAGAGAAAACUCUCGGUCCAUCAAAGCAGAAACAACAAACUCCACUCAAUAGAUUCUCUUAGAGUGCUCCUUUCUUACCGGUAGCUCUAGGCGGCUAAUGGCAAGAAAAUGAUUUGCAGUUGUGAAAAUGCUGGAUUCAAGCAAACACUUUGAUAGCAUGACAGCAUUUUGACGGCGUGUUGCAGGAGAAGCUCAAGCGGACCCUUCUUUUUUUCUUAUCUGGAAAAGGCAUCAAUGUGUGUGCAUUAUUAGGAACAGACUAUAAAGCUUACUGAGGAUGAUGCUUAUAGUACCGCAAGGCUCUAUUCUUGGCCCGUUGUUCUUUAACGUGUAUAUGAAGUGAUCAUAACUGGUAUUAAUAUAUAGAUUUAGCCAGGGCUAAAAGCGAAGCUCCCAUUAAUAAAUUUAUAAUUUAAUCAAACAAUAAACUUGUAAUCCACAAAUCAGUUAACUUAAGGGCACAUAUGUGGCUUUUUAGGGAAAGCUAAGGCUAAGUGAUUUUAGAAUGGAAAAAAUCUUACAUCGAAUUGAUAGCCGUAUAUAUACACCCAAAAAAUAGCAAUCAUCUUGGAUCACAUUUAAGAGCCAUAAUGGCUCUUGAUCACAGUAGAUUAGGCCUGGAAAGCGAAUUCAUGGAAAAAAAAAAUUGCGUUCGACAAGUUUACUUAACAAAAUCUUGAAAACAACUCUGCGCGCGUGUAAACCAACAUUUCAUACUUUUUAUACAUCACAUCUGAGGUGGAACAGUAAUAUGAGGCGCUGUUUUUAUCAUACAGACCUCAGACAAAAUGCAGUAUUUCACAAUUUUUCAGACAAAUUGAACUGAUUCAAUGUUCAGAACCGUACGAAGCACGCGUGGGCUUUUAGGGAUCUUUUUGCAAAACCGUUCAAAAAAUUUCCAAAAUCACCUAUACGGCCAGCCGGUUCUCACUUUUGACAAGCGCCCAAUUUUCAGUGAACAUUAAAAGAGUUACGCUUCAACAUAAUAAAGAAUUUAUUGUGUUUAUUUUUUUAUUAUUAUUUAAUGGUUUUAUAACGAUGUGUAAUCUUAAAAAGCGUUUGAUACGCGCGGCAUUUUGAGUACUCCUGCAAGCGAUGUUUAUGAACGACUGAAAACAAACGGCAAAGCGAUCAAAACUGCAAGAGAGACUACUAACAAUCAAUAAAAGAAAUAUAAUUCGGUGAAACAUUUACAGAGGCAACAAUUUUUAUUCACGAAGACAAGUAUUAAAGCAUCUCUAAAAAUCCUGAGUCUUUAAGCUUAAGCCUAAAGCUUUUAGCCGGCUUCCUGGUGUUUACUGUUUUCAAAGAUGAACUCGAGGCAAGAAAAUCGCUCAAAGCUUUCUUUCUACAGCCAAAAUUAUUACUAAAUACUCUUCGGAACGUUUUUCCUUUCUAUUCGCGGAGAGAAAAUAUCGACUAAAGGCUUUUUAAGGCUCUGUCAGCUUAUAUCAAACCUCAUACUAGAUCAGAUCAAUCAUUGUCUCAGAUCUUAAUACCAACCACGUAUUUGAUCGGAGUAUUUGACGCGAGCUGAAGUACUUUAAUCUAUAUUUUUUUGUUUGUGUAUGUGACAUAUGUUAUUAAUGAGUCCGAAUGGUAAGCUCUACGUCGAGGACUUUCGAUAGUUCAUUGGCCAGAAUUGCUUGAGGGAAAUUUUAAACCUGCAUCCAGCAAGGUGCAAAACGAAAACGAUGUCAUCCGAAAUCGGAUUUCCGACUUUGACAAGCGGCGCAUUUCUCAACCAAAAAUUCCAUAAACAAACCAGCCAUAAUUAACAGAAGACUGUUGAUAGCAGCUGUAUUUCAUUUUAUGCAUCCAGUGGAAAAAGACAACAAAAAACAUAACAAGUUGACAAAAAACUGUCAGCUUCAGCUGUCAAAGUAAACAAGUUUCAAGAUGCUGUAAAAAUUUUCUGCAUGAACUCACCUGUCAAAUUUUGACCAAUCAGAGCAUAAAAAUUGGACGGUCGUUAAGCCUGAUCAACGCGUGACUAUGGUGAGAAAAGUGAAAAGCCUCUGUCUUCCCUGCUUGUAUUUUUAAAUGACUGGCUGAAUUUUCGCGUCCGAGAUCAGUUUGAAAUCAAAAUGUUAAUAGCGCAGGGCCAAAGUGACACUAACACAACACUUUCUGUCAUCAUGUCAUUAUUUUGUAUUCAUUUUUUUUUUGUAUUUCUCUUUCGCGUCGCCUUUGUCUAUUUAUACUAGCCCUGUCUCGUUCUGCUUGCCGGCGUUUUUCACUAUAAUUUUCUCUCCUUCUUCUCGCCUUAACUCUUUCUACUUGCCGACUUUCUUCGCUAAAAUUUUGUCUUCUUCUUCUACUUCUAACGCGCUUUCUGUGGCGAUCGUCUUCGCUUGCUCUACGAGUGUUGACUCUUGCUCUCUGCCGUUCACCUUCUCUUUGCUCUCUGCUUAAAACCUGUCGUCGAUCCGCUAAAAUCUCUCUGCUGUUGUUUGUUGACAUAAUAGCUUUCGUAAGCUGUAAUAAAAAGUUAUCAAGGCCCUGUCCAAAACUCUUUUCGCUAUAAAGUUACUUUGAAAUUUCUUUUUUCAAAACCAGUUGCGCCAUAUAAUUGCGCGACGUUGCGCCAUGCGAUUUCCCGCCAAAAAAUCUCUACUUUCCCCUACCCCAAGAGUCCAUGCGGACUACUUUCCACUACCCGGAAAGUCCGUACGGACGGACAUACGCUGACGUCAUAACCAAAAUUUCUCGGAUGGAUAGGUUACCAAAUUAACUUAGUUAUAGUGCUUCGCUCGCGCGCGCUUCGUGCGCGCAAGGAGCUCCGCUAUUAUCAUUCAAAAUAUUUCGUCUUUUUUGAUUGGCUCAAAACCCCCGGCUUAUUCUUCACAACCGUCUGGUGCUUACCAUAUUCGGAAGAUGCAAGCUUUAUACGAUUGACUCGAUGGUAUAUAUAAUACAUCGAUUGACACUCUCCGCGGAGGUCUACAUAAUUCUCAUUAUACGGCUGAGUCUGUUUUCGCCAUGCGAUUGGUCAAUUUGCGGUCCGUAACUUGCUGUACGGACCAAAAUUUCAAAGAAAAUGCUCAUUUCGGAGCUCUAAAUCUCUUUACCUCGGAAAAAAGGUUUAAAUAAAGUUAUAUUAUAAGACGUCUGGCAACCUUGAGGACUUGGAUGUUGACUUUGUCCUUCAACAUUUUAAACUGUGUUUAUUUGUGAACGAAGGCGAUGAAGAAACUAACUUAUAGUCUUAUCGAAGAGGAUUCUAGUCAGUGUUUGAAAAUUUUAUCGUACUACACAGUUAAGAAGACGAAAAUCGACUGGCGGGGAUUCAAGAUGUUUGUCUAAGAGAAAAUGAGUAAUUCCUUUGACAAAUAUUGAAAUUUGUAAUGUAAUUUGUUUAUGUAAUUUGUUUACCCACGGAUCACUACUCGUUGAAACGUGUCCGUGCGUUCCAGAUCGAAUUGGAAUUUGAAAGUUUUGGUUUUUAAGGAGAGGGAAAAACCGGAGCACCCGGAGAAAAAACCUCUGACAAAUAUGAUAAACAUACCUGCACCCAAUCAUUUUGACGAGCUUCUUUGCCAUUUGUAGUGCUUUUUCAAAGACCAACGAAAGAAAGAUAGAAGCGACUUUAACGAGCCUGACAUAAUGUCCAGUUUUCAAAAGACUCCAGCAUCACAUUGGCGAGUGAAUACUUACAGUGCUCUUAGUUUUGAUCGAAUAAACUUUAAAAUAUGCCUGUAAACCCUGAGGACUGGGAUGUUGACUUUGCCUGUCCAAAUUUUAACCUAACUUUGUUUUUAAUGAGAACGAAGCUGAUGUAUAAACUGAAUCUUGACCUUACAGGGGAAGAGAAUUCUAGUCAGUGUUUAAAUUUUAACGUAGAUCACAGACGAGAAUGAACUGGCAGAAAUUCGAGAGGUUUCCCCAAAAGAAAUCAACCAGCGAAUGCUUCGACAAUGACAAAAAACUUACCUUGAAAAGCUUCUUUGCCUUUUGCAAUGUUUUUUUUUUACAAGGACCAACGGAGGAAAGAUAGAAACGACUUCGAGACAGACACAGUGUCCGGUUUCCAAAAUACUCGAGCGUUACAUUAAGAGCUAAAACUUACAGUGCUCUUACUUUCGACGUUUUCAAUAUGGCGAAUAUUUGUUUUAACUUUCUCGGAAACCCUUUGUUAUAUGUUAUUGUUUUCGUGAGCCAAUAAAAACUUUUUGUUGACGCCUGUCAAAUGACUGUCAAAUCGCGCGCCCUGCACCUUAUUUCCGGUCCCCCAAACUGGAAGAAGCCAUAUAAUAAACAUCUUAUUAGCCUCGUUGUUUCGGUCCGUAUCGUAAAUUACGGAUCCGCUGCCAAUUUUUCAAUCUCCAUUACUGUACAAAUGAUGUCAAUUUUAUAUUAUAUCGACAAGUAUCUUCCAAAUUUGGUCACCGGUAGCUGGUUUUAAAGAAUUAGUAGUAUUAAGGGUUAUUUGAAGUAAUUAUUAAGGGUUAGUUGAAUUAUAGCUGUUGUAGUUGUUGUUGUUGUUUACACUCAGUGUUUAUUAAAUAUAAUUUGUCUUUGUCUUUUUGCAUAGGUGCUACGUAACUUUGGCGACAAACUAUAACUGUUCAAACAAAAUGACACCGGAUAAACGUGCUCCAUUUAUGAAAAAGGUCAUUAAAAAGAUCAAGGAAGAAUCCAGAAGUACGUAGGCACUUUAGUUGUACCUUUUAUUUGUAUAUUAUUAUUAAGUGUAAUUUGGCAAAAUAACUUAAAACUUAAGGUUUCAAACAGUACCGUGCAAAUAGCCAUUGUGAUUCAACGCAAUAGUGACCGUUUACAAUUUAAAAUUGGAAGGACGUCACUUAAAAAAAACCCGGCUGUACAGGCCUUGAACUAAUCUUGGCCCCAAAAUGAGUCACCCGAAGUAUUAUUGUCUUGAUCGGAAAUGACACUUAUGUCCAGGAUUGAACUUUGCUACCAAAUUUAUAAAAUUAACGAUCUUUCGCGAUGGCCUUGCGAAAACUGGAAAAUUUGCAAAAUUAACGAUUUUUUCGCGAUGACCUUGCCGUUCUCCCUUUGUUAUGGAAAUAAAAACACAACGUCUAAGCGAUGCUGCAGGUGUGCACUCUUCUACAAGCGAAGUACGCCGCGUAAAUUUCGAUUGCAAAAGAGACAUAUGAUUUGCUUCGUUCUUCGUUAUGCCAAGGAACCCUUGCAAUAUUGAAUAACCCAAAACGAUUCUUAGAGUUUGGACAUGUGUCUAUUCGCCUUUCUCUUUUGACUACAUCUUUUGACAAGCAGAUGAAGUUUUACCUCAUCUUGUAAGCUAUGGUUGUUUGCAUUCAUGUUAUUCUUAAGACAAAAUCUCGCAAGAGAAAGUAUAGGAUUUCAUUAUGCAUGAGCAGUGAAGGUAAUAGAUCCUGAAGCCCUAAUUGUUAGCUAUUUUCAGUUGUUUCAAGUAAUAACAACAUUUUACAGUCGAAUUCCUUAGUUACGUUUGGCCAAGAGAAAAUACUGAAGCCAUAUUUUCCAGUAAACCCAGAAGAUAAACAAGAACAAGUAAACUUCCAAACAAGACCGCUUGCCCUUCAAACCCAGAAACUAUCUUCAGUUAGCCCGCGUAGCUGGCUGGAUUAGCAGGCGAGUGCUGCAGAUUUUUUGGCGGCAGAGCCACGUUAAGAUUGGGAGGAAGUCAAAUUGAAAUCACGCCUGCCCUAAGUUUUGAGUAUUUCGAAUAGUCAGACAACCAGGUAAACAUGGCGGCUUCGCCACCAAAAAACUUCGGGCAAGGCACGCUGAUAAUUUGGGACCCAUCACGCGUCACCGAAAACCCCGCCCGUGUGUGGAGGAUUUGUCAAUCCUUCUAGAAGCAGUGGAAAUUUUUCUUUUUUCAAUAUUUCACCUAAAAAUAUGCCUAUUUAGAUAGCUAUAGAUAUUUAUAUGAAGAACAAAUGUUAAAUUUCAUUAUUGUCCUAAAUUUUUGUAGUUUUUCGUAAUUUUUGCUUUGUUUUUCGUUCGUUGGGGCUUUUCUGGGCCUUAUUUCCAUUUCCUCGUCACUUUUUGUUAAUGGUCUUGUAAAAUUUUGCUAUUUUCGCAAUUUUCGUAGCACUCUUGCCAAAUUCUGUGAUUUUUGUAAAUUUCUUAUCAGAGUUCAGUCGUGGACAUAUCUCCGAAAUGAGCCCCGUUUUGUUUUCCGCGCUGAUCUCGAAAUAUUUACAAGUAAUAAUGGGAAUGAGAGCUGGAGCCGGAAAUCCUUGGGAGAUGCAAAAUAAAUGAAAUUCGAUUCGAAGACCCGUAGGGCGGAUCAAGGGGUGGGGGGGGGGGGAUCGAGGAUUGGGUGGCUAGCCACCCCCCUUUAGUACAGCCCACCUAAAAAGAGAAUUCAUGUGUUCACGGAAAAAAACGGAAAUUCGUGGGUUCCAAAAAAAAAUGUAGAAAUACUUGCAAUCGCCAUGUAUGAAAAUGCAAAUUUUCACCUCUGACUUUUACUUUUGGCAGUUAACAAGUAAAGUGUUUCAUUGUAAUAGACUGAAGUAGUCUUCAUUUUUGUCUUAUCUUUUAGUUGUGCUUAUUCUCGGUGAUUAUCGUGUUGGGCCACAGGUUCUGUCGUUCGCAUAUGAUCAGGGGCUGACAGAUGGCGAUUAUGCUUUCAUAAUUGUACAACUUGAUCAAGAGCAAUUUGUUUUUAAUCGGGGUAACAAUAAUCUAUACCAUGUGGUUCAGAGGGGAAUAGAGGACAAGGAAAUAGAACAAUGCGAAUACUUUCGAGCGUUUAAGUCUGUCAUUGUAGUGGAGAUUCAAACAAUACAAGUAGGGAGAGAUACGUUCAAAGAGUUUCAGAAGCAAGUUGUUGAAAAAUUUGAUGAAAAUAGUACGUUUCCUGAAUCUAAAGUAAGUUGGCUUUUUCUUGUUGUACACGUAGUUUUUUCCUGUAUUCAUUAACCCAUUAAUCUCUAAGAGUAACAAGUGGCGUACAGCGUCGUAACUUUGCAAAUAUUUGAUAACCUUUUUGUUUUGAUAACCUUUAUCUUAAACUAUAAUUACACAUUUAAUUAGGAGGGUUAAGUGGGGUGGAUACGAGAUCUCUGCACUAUUUAUAAUAGUAGGUCCUACAGUGAAUAGCUUGAUAGUAUUAAUUAUUUUUAUGACAUGAUAUACGUUACGAUUACGCCCACCUGAAUUCUUCUGGCUGGAGUUGACCCUUGAAUAUUUCUUUGGAAGAUUGUAAAGUUGAUUGAUUAAUUGAUUUUGAUUGAUAGAUUUUGGGUCGUUGCUCGACUAUCGUGAAUCUAGCAACGCGCUAAUUUAUUUGCUUCUCCAAUUUUUGUUUCUACUGACACAGCCAAAUGUCACGCGGAAAAAUAUACGUCUAGUCGCUGCUUAUUUAUAUGAUGCAAUCUUCCAGUAUGCAGUGGCGUUAAAUAACACAUUACAAAGAAAUGAAGAACCAAACGGUCGAAACAUAAUUGCAAACAUGCUGAACUCAAGUUAUACAAGUAAGUAAAAGAAAGAAUUAUCACCUGCCUUGUCUACUGUUUUGAUGGAAUUUGGUUUUAUAAGUAGUCUACAUAACAGUUGUUUGAUCAUAUCUUGGAAGUAGAAGACGAAGUAAGGAUCAAAAUUUCUGGUUCUAUUAAAAUGGUAACAGCCGAAAUUCCGCGGUGCCACCACUGAUUUCUCCGCGAAAUGACUUCAGAGGAGCGAGGGCAAAAAUUGUAUACUGAUGAAGUAACACUACCCAGAUCUGGGUAGUGACGUGUCAUCACUGUAGAAUUUCUGCGUUCAUUCCUCCAACAACAACAACAACAACAGCAACAAUGCAUUUAUUUAGAGAAAUGUAAAGUUACAAUACUUUAUGUCCUGCAAAUAGCUAUAAUGCUAAUCUAGGCAGGACAAGACUUUAAAUAAAGACGUUAUUAAAUUACAUAAGAAGAAAGAAAAGAAAAGAAAUACAGUAACAUACAGAAAGAAACACCUUACAUAUUAAUUCGUAAGUACAGGGGAUUUUGUUAUUUAAAAAACACUAAAAUUACAACUGGAGGUAUAUACAACAUAUCAGGUUAACUUCAUAAAAUAUUCUAUUAAAUAUUUAACAUUCAAAUAAUUAUCUUUAUCACCUAGAACAUUAAGGAGUAGUGAUUUAAUUUUUUACGAAAAUUAGAUAUGUUGAGUGUUCUUAUAAAAGAAUUUGUCAUUUUUUCAGUUCUAGAGAUAAUUGCUUAUUAUAAUGAUGUUUUGUAUUGAUUUUCGCAAACUUAUCGAGAAGACUUUUAGGAGCUGUCUUAGCAUGAACGUCAUACAUUAAAAAGCUUAACUGUUGAAAGAAAAAAGACUGCAAAGGAAGGCAGUUUAAUUCAAUAAAAAAAGGGAUUGCAUGGUCUGUGGGUUUAGAAAAAUAAAUCAAACACAGUGCACUUUUUUGCAGAACAAGUAUCUUAUUGAGGUAGGUCUGUGGACAGUUGCCCCAUGCACAGAUACCAUAAUUUAAAUAAGGAGCAAUAAGUGUAUGAUAUAAAUUCAAAAGAAGAUGCCGUGGAAUGUAAUGCCUCAUUUUAGCAAUUUUUCCAACCGAUCUACUAAUUUUGUGACAGAUAAAGUCAAUAUGAUGCUUCCAUGAUAGUUCAGAAUGAAUCAUUAUACCCAAAUAUUUAACAAAGUCCUUCAUCUCUGUAAUUACUCUAGUAUUUAAAGUUGGAUUAAAAAUCUUAAUUUGAGGAAUGAAAGGUAUUCUUUUUUGGGGCGGACGAAAAAUGACAUAAUUAGACUUUUUGACGUUGAGCAUUAGUUUGUUAGCAUUAAGCCAUUCACUUACUUUCUCAAGCUCAUUGUUGACAGUUAGUUCAAGAGUACGUAAUUUGUCAUUUGCAUAGGUUAGACUUGUAUCAUCGCCGAAUUGAUAAAAAAUAAAUUCCUUGGAAGAUUUAUUGAUGUCAUGAAUAUAUAACAAAAAUAGCAAUGUUCCAAGUACAGAGCCUUGAGACACUCCACAUACGAUCGUUUCAGUCUCAGAUUAUGCAUUUGUCUGUUUCAAUCGACUGUCGGCGAUCUGAAAGAUAUGAAGUAAACCAAGAAUUUAUAACUCCUCUUAUUCCAUAGUGUUCAAGUUUUGCAAAAGAAUCUCAUGGUUAACAGUAUCAAAUGCUUUCUUAAGAUCUACAAAAAUUCCACAUGAGGUCUUUCUAUUGUCCAUAUUAGAGACAUUAUUAUUAUAUUAUUAUAUUGUUCACAAUAUCAAGAAUCGCGUGCUGGGUACUAUGUUUAUUGCGAAAGCCAUUAUGCAAAUCGUAAAGUAUAUCAUUCUUGUUUAUAAACUUUGUCAGUCUACGAUACAAAAGUUUCUCAAAUAAACGAUCAUAAAUUGAUAACAAAGAAAUUGGCCGAUAGUUUUCAGGUAACGUCUCGUCUUCACCCUUAUACACUGGAAUUACUUUUGCAUAUUUAACGGUUUGGCAGGUUAAACUUCAAUUAGUACAGACUGGUCAAAAAUUUCGGUUAAUGGUUUAGAAAUGACUGAUUUAGCAAGUUUUAACAGUUAAACAGGGGUAGAGGUCUCCCUGAGACGUCUUUUCGCGGGGAGACCAGUGUCCGGGAGACCAGCAUCGCCAAUGUCGACCAUUUUCUCAAGCUAACAACAACAAUAACACCACCACCAAACUUUAUUAAACAGGGGAUAAUAUAACUGAACCACUGUCCACAGCUAGCAAGGCUAGCUGUGGACAGUGCUGUGUGUGUGCAAAACUAAACUAUAAAGAUUAAGGCUAACUAAGGGAAGUUUACAGUUUACAAAUAAAUGAAAUAAAAAUCGUAAUCCUAAAAACACGACAGAAAAGAAACAAUCAAACAAAUAACAAACUGUGAAAGUAGAAGCGAGUAAGGAUGAAUUUUUUCUUUACUUUUAUGGCUGGUUUUACGUUGUAUGUUUUACCUUUUAUAUUAUUUUAACAAAUGUCACUUCUGUUUUUUGACACAGGCAAGUCGGGAGCACAAGUGUUCAUAAAUCAGAAUGGAACUACUGACGUUAAGAAUCUUCGCAUCCUUAAAAUGGGCUGGAACCGUUCAGCUUCCAAAACUAAUUGUAAGUGCUCCUUUUUGGAUAAUAGAUUCUUUUGUUUUAGGAGCCACGUUUUUGUUAAGUUCAUACUUUGCAACAACGUUUGGCUGGUGGGUAGAAGUAGUCAGGGAUUUACAGCGUAAAGAGCUAGUCAAACGUUUGACGUUUGUUUUUGAACGUGAUCGGGGCGAAAAUGAAGCGAAAGAAAAUCGGGUUUCAACGGAAUUUGAACGUUGUGCGACUGUAGCUGGUCAAAUACAAGCUACAUGUAUAUUCAAUCCAAUGGACUGCUUUAUAAUAAUUGUUAACUUCAUGCAGCGAGUCCUCUGAUGCCGGCAAGUAAAUGGCGCUCAGUUGAUUAAAUUGAUGCUUUGAAACAAAGCAUUGUCUUAAAUUGUUUCUAAGCGGGUCUCGGUUAGUUUGCUCUAUUCAUGUAAUUUUUUGUUUGUUCUCCUCCCUUCGCUGAUGAGGUUCUCCUCCCUACGCUGAUGAAGUGGGAAUCAUAACGUUCGAUACCUUUCAAGAAAAUCCAUCGGUGGUGCUCGACAAAGACAAGAUAGAGUGGCCAAACGGUGAAACGCCUUUGGACUCGCCACCUUGUGAUUUCUCUGGAGAUAAUUGCAUGACUUCGUCUUCAUCGAACACUCCAACUCCAAACCGAAAUGCAAACAUAGGUAACUUUGAAAUAUUAUGACUGCGGUCACCUUAUAGUUAACGUCUCCCCCCUGUUUUGUUGUUGUUUGUUUGUUUGUUUGGUUGGUUAAGUUGGACAGAAGGCUUUGCUCAUUUGACUUAUUCAGUUGUAGCCUGAGAAAACAGCCAACCUUUUUGUCGACGUCACUCACCACUGGUUUCCUCACGAAAUGACUGGUUUCGCGCGCGGAGAAACCAGUUGUGGCGUCGCGUGAUAUCAGCUGAUUUUUCACCAGUUCAGGACGCAGUGAAGACAUACUUAUUUAAAUUAGUCUACGAUGUUUGAUUUUAGUAGCUUUAUUUAAUUUUAUUUUAUCUUAUAAUAGUUUGUAACUCUAGUUUCUUACCAUAUUAUUGUACAGCGCUUUGAGCAAUUAGUGGAUACUGCGCUAUAUAAGUGUCGAUUAUUAUUUCGCCUCCUUCUCCCCACCGCUAUAAACCUCGACGCCUUCCCCCUCAUAUGACACCAAGAUGGCCGCCCAUACCGGUAAGCGCUCGAUAUUGACGAUCUUGCGAAAAGAUAGGGGACUUUGAACAGUCUAAUAGCUUUUGAGUACCCUUAAUUCAAAUGGUGUUGUGAAGAAUAAUAUUGGUAUGCCUGUGACUUAAAAAAUGCCCAGCACAGUUGUCAAUUUUCUGUCCGCUCAGCACAUACUGAACGAUGCCGGUGUCAAUAAGUCUUGUUAAUGUUUACUGAUGUUUUCGGACUGUUGACCGACCGACGUCCCUAAAGGACAAAUGGGCAUAUUUUUAUUUCAACGCUUUGGAAAAGCAGCAGUCUGGAAGUGAUUUGUGUAGCCCCUCAAAUACUUAGUUCAUGAGUGUGUUAUUCACCACGGCCUUUGUCUUCUGUAGAUAACGUCCUCCUCGCUCUGUAUGAUUCGUCACAUCAUACGAAAGCUGAUUUCAAUAAUUGUGAAUUUUUCAUCUUUGCCUUUUCUUCAGGGGUGAUUAUUGCCGGUGUUUGCGCAUUUGCUGGCGUCGUUUUCAUUAUUUUUCUCAUCAUCCUUGCAAGGUAAGGGUAAUCGAAGCUUUUAAAACAUAUUGUAACUCUACCUCACAUUAGAAAAAUUAAGAGUGACGUUUACGGCAAACGGCAAACGUCACAUUCAUGUUGAGAAUUUCUCAAAAUAGAAAAUGACCGGCUAAAAACAGCCCAAAAAAUUGUUACAGACAAAACUAACGUGGAACUACUAAUUUUGGGGGUAGAGCAAAGCAGUAAAGCAAGAGUUGACGGAAAACUAGGUCACGUGGUGCAAAUUCACGUUUGCCGUUAGCAGUAAACGCGACUCUAAAUCUCCCUAUUGAUAAGGUCCUCGAUGUCCUUUCAGAUGUAGAAGUACGUGCCUUGAAAACGGGAUAAGGGAUCUUAACAUUCGAGUAAUGCGACGGCAGCGAAAAGUCCCUUCAAAAGUAAAUUUGCGUUCUUUCAGUCUUCAUCGCGAUUAUUCCAACUCACUCACUUUGCCAAAAGGCGAACUUUCCUGGAGUUGAAUUCCUGAGAAGCAUAUUCAAGAUCAGAAAGAGAGAGAAAGUUUUGUCGUAGCUUGUUUACGUCCUCGAUAAAAAUUGAAACUAGGCACUUUCACGUCGUAGUCAAGCAGUGUCGGCAAAGAAUUGUACAUUAAAUUAAAGUGUGAUGAAUUGCAGAGUAGUCGUUUUGCCGGCGUGUUCACCCCAUUGCUUUUUUUUGGACGCUGUCGUUGCCUUCGCAACAAAUUGUUGAAAAUCCCCUUGAUGUUUUUCAUCCUCUCAUACCAUUCAGCAAGGGACCCUCUAAAGAUCUCACAACUCUAGGACAUAUACCCCGUAAAGCAACGCAAGACCAAUAGGUGCCUUGAUACCAUUACAAACAAAUGCACACGACGUAUUUUUUAAUAAUUCAUAGUUGGUCUAAGAUUUUAUAUAAUUAUAUGUUCGUGGGUGUAGGAUUUGCCAUAGUUAGUAUGUAAGGAUUUUGUGUAAUUAUAUUUCAUAACUUUUUUCUAUAUAUUGUAAACCUUAGCAAUUCAGUCAGUACUGCUAGUGAGGUGUUUCAAUAUAGCAUUCUAUUCUUUCUUUUCGCCGUCGUCCGAUCUUGAGGUCCGUUAUUAAAAAUCCCAUGCAAUCCCAGUUGGAUUAUCAAAACUGUCCCUUUUAAAAACAAACCUGUAUCCAAAAGACGUUCGUAUAUAUAACUCCAAUCAGGGACAAAAGUAGUUGACACACUUGUUUAAAACGGGUGCUUUUAACAAACAUUUAAUUCAUUUAUUAUUUCAUUCCUUUUAAACGCCGUAAAUCCCACGACCCCCCGAAUCAACGUUGUCUGAAGUAAAAAAAAGACUUGAGGGUCCAAAAUUCAACAUUGAUUUUGGGGGGAAGGGGUUGGGGUAGACAGGGGAAGGGGAUAAGUAUAUCCACUAUGCAAAAAGGGGCCAUUUUACGGAAGUGUGUCAACACUUUUGUCCCUCAUUGUCUGAAUGCAAAAUUGUGCUACUGCACACAAGUUGAGCCGUGUAUGACACUGAUUUUAACUGAAAUUAAAGGAAUCAAUGACAUAAUUAUGUUAUUGGUGGUGGGGGUGACAUUGACUUAUUCACGACCGAAUUAUAGGGCCAAUUCGAAUUACGUGAUGACGUAAUAAAAGGGCUGCGAUAUCCAGAAUAAACGUCGAUAUGGUUUACAUGCUAAAAACUGACACUCAAACUCGCACACAUGUACAACUUUUGAUGAAUUUCAAGGGUAUGCGUACUGAAAAUAUUUUUAAUAAAGUGAAUAUUUCUCGUUCUUCACUUUAUCCGACUGUUAAGGCGCAAACAAUCACGGGUAGGGUAAGGAUUGACACGUAGUGGAGAUACUCACUGACCAGUCACGGAAAUAUGGGACGUUAGUGAGGAGCGGCCGUCACUGUGUUCAAUAUCGAAACUACGGAAAAGUGAAGGUAAAUUCAUGGCCAAUUCAAUAAAAAACUAAGGACUGCGUAGCAAACAUUGCAAGUGUACACGAAAACAAUGACUUUCAAUCCCACCUCGUGACACCCUGUGUGACAUGAUAACGCAACGUAAAUAGCGUGCCAUGAGCGCGUAUGUCUGUGUAUUUGGACUGCAUUUCUCAAGCGAAACCCUGUGUUGUUGUCUAUUGUCGGGAGAGAAAAUGAAAAGAGAGCUUUGAAACGUGAACUAGUAUUUGACUCUCAAAGAAAACGACAGCCCAAACUGAGGAAAACACUGCUUCCUUCGUGUUACAACGGUUAACCAAGCUUCGGCAAACGAAAAGUAACAUAUUAAGUCUGUUAUGACCUCUUAAUGUCGAUAUGUAUUCUCGUGGUUAACCGUUUAAACUCCUUAUUUGCACCACAUCGCUGGAAUUUUUCUCGCCAAGAAUACGUAUUGCGAAGCACUUUCUACAUAGCGGAAUCUUCUUUUGCCUUUUGUGAGGAAUUAGCGCAUAAAAAAGGAAGAUUUUCCAGAGCACGGCCGUCAUCGAUCACGUGUUAUCCCACUUUCUUUGUCAUCAAGUGAACUUCUGGGCCAAAGUAAUUGCUGUUUUGGCGAUGAUACAAACUGGUGUGUCUAUCUUGAAAACAAUUUCUUUGGUAUUCUGUGAUUUACGAGCUGGGAAAUGAUUAGCAGAAAUAGUUGUCCACCCAACACCAAUAAAAAAAUGCCACUGAAUAAAUGGCAGGCGGUCAUCUAAAAUCAUUACAAAAGUACAUUCCUAACCUGGUCUAACCUGUUCGACGCCUACACACGCUAAAGGUUUGGAUCUGCUAGAUUUGAAAAGGUCUCCAAAAAAAAAUUGUCAUCUAUUUAUAGGGCAUAGCACAAACGACUGGCUCAUCAUUUAUGAGGUUCAUAACCUGUAUAUUGUUCACGUCCUUUCACUAAUGGCGCAAGUCAAUGUCAACAAUAAUGCAGUACUUCAUUCGCUUAAGUUAACCAUUUACCAGAACAAUUUUCAUUGUACCUUAGUGUUUCCACUUUUUCCACUAUUGAUAAUACUUGUAAAAAAAAUUACAUCCGCAGCAGCGGCAUUUGAUCACAACACAAAUGAUUUCCUCGCGACCCCACAGGGUAUCAGGAACGCGCGCGGGAGUACAAGAUUAAGUAAUGACAUACGCUUCGUACAUUUUACUCUACGUAUACUACAAAUCAGGACCAAACUUUUCAAAUUGUUGUUUAUAAACAAACAAUUUGGUCCAUAGAGUAACGUCAUCGCACAAAAAUUCAGCAGCGUCCAAAAUCUAGCCGGAAAACACAGAUACAUAUUUCAGACAAUCAGGGACAAAAGUAGUUGACACACUUGUUUAAAACGGGGGCUUUUAACAAACAUUUAAUUCAUUUAUUAUUUCAUUCCUUUUAAACGCCGUAAAUCCCACGACCCCCCGAAUCAACGUUGUCUGAAGUAAAAAAAAGACUUGAGGGUCCAAAAUUCAACAUUGAUUUUGGGAGGAAGGGGUUGGGGUAGACAGGUUAAGGGGAUAAGUAUAUCCACUAUGCAAAAAAGGGGCCAUUUUACGGAAGUGUGUCAACACUUUUGUCCCUCAUUGUCUGUAAUUUUGCUUUCAGGCAGUAUAUGCUGAAGAAAGAGCUUGACAGAUUAUUGUGGAAAAUUAAUUACAGAGACAUCUCUUGGGCCCGGCCUUUUCCUUUAGCCUCAUCAGACGAAUGUGAGGUUGGUUUUAAGACCUUUCCACAAUUAUUAUUUUAUUAUUGAGUAAUUAAUUAAAAAAUGUUUUGUUAAUAAUUUAUGUGAUAUGUAGUGAUAGUGGGUUGCAAAUUGGGGAUCUCGUUUUAAACCCUAGAAAGCAGUGAACACUAGAUUUUUAAAUAAGCUUGCGUUAAUAUCUAACGAAAAUUUUAGAACGUACUCUUCGGUGUAGUUUACAACUAAGAAGCCUUGAAAGCCAACGUAACAAGAUUAUGUUAACAGGUUUGUUGAAAACAAAAAAAAGGUGAGAACUGACUUUCCUUAUAGGUUAGCUACAGGUAUGAGAGGGUCUUUGUCCAUGUUGCGUUUACUCUAAAAAUAUGUUAAACGUGUCAAAGUGACCUGGGCACAAGAAUCCCGCCAGCUACGCUAUGUUGUCUUCCGUUGAGCAGGCAUUUGUGGGGAGGGAUGAAAAACGAGCUCCCCUAAAAACGCCUGCGUGGGAGGCUACUUAUUGUUCCUUCAUUCACAGGAUGAACCUUCCGAGUCAAAUGUCCGUAAAACCAGCACCCAGUUUACUUUUACCAACUUUGGAUUUUACAAGGUAUACAUGGUUUUGUUGCUGAACAUAAUGUGUCUAAACUAUUCAUGAUUGUGUUAUUUCCUAUGUCACAUCGCAUUAAGCUGGCGACUGAGGUAGCCUGCAAAGCCGGCGUAUUUUGCGGUGUGAACGAUGAUACUGUUCUCCCGACAUCUUGGACGCUGAAACUGACAGAUAGUUGGAGUGAGUCAAAAAAUAACUCCAAUGGAGAGGUUCAUGGGCGGCCGCGAUCAAUGUAACUCUGCGCUUUUGUCAAAAAACAAAACAAAGCAAAAACUAAAAACAAAACAAAAAUUAAACACAAGAAAAAAAAACAACACAAAACAAAAACAAAAGACAAAAAAAAGCGAGAACAAAAGCAAACAAACAAACAAAUACGCCUGCUCUGCCUCUGAGAUCGAGAGUAUCCAAGUUAAUCUAAUGAGAAAAUGACGUCAUCAUACCUGUGAAGGAAAUGGACAUAUAGACUGAAAUUUUUGAUUUUUUUUUAUUUCUUCUGCCAACUGUAUCGUUCAUUCCGUUUUAGGUUAGAUUCAAUCUCUCCAGUAAGAACCUUAGUGUUUAAAAAUUAUCUAAGAUCAUUUAAAACUUUGAACUGAAAGAUUUUCCUUUUUCUGUUAGAUAAAAGUUUAGGUAAACUGAUGACGAAGUCGUGAAAAUAAAUAUAAUCCGGCCGACAUCUCAGUUCUGGUAGUUCGAUAUUUCUUCCCUCUGCCUAUUAAUGGAAGUUUUAUAUUGCUACUGGUUUGUAUUAAAAACCUUGGUGCUAAAUAGAGCCUGAACAAAUAACUGCUAAAAAUAAGCUUAAACAAUGAACAUCUUUAUCGCGGUUGUAUUUUUAGGGACACAAAGUUACUGUGAAGCAAGUGGGUACAAAGGCGAUUGACCCAACAAAAAACAUUCUUAUGGAACUUAAACAGGUACUUGGUAUAAGGGACUGAGUAUAAGUUAACUCUUAAGAGUUUUAACUUUCGAAUGAAUAGGGACUUUAAGCAAAUCGUUACGGCGACCUCUACUACAUCGGUCGUGGAUACGGAGUCCUGGGGAGAGUAUGUCAAUAAAUACAAUAGAUUUGUUGUAGGACUUGUGCGCAGUGUUUGACCCCGGUUGAGGAUAAGAUUUUCAACUGAGAAAAUAAGUGAAAUAAGUAAUUGCUGGAAAAACAGAAGCGUCAAAUACUUUCUUGUUAAAAUGAAAAACAAUCUUUGAUAGUUUUAAAACCAGUGAUUGUAAAAAAAAAAGGAGAAUGGUCGACUUCUAUACUCACGUAUCAGCGAUUACGCCACAAGACGAUUUGGCGCUCCGGCGAAAGGUCAUUUCCAAGUAUGCGCAUUGCGUCAUUUUUGGGCUUUCUUAUUUCUGGCCGCUGUAGUAGACUUCUUAAGGACGCGACGGAAACCUCCCUAAAAAGUUUUCUCCCUCUUGAAAGCUUCAGUCACUGUCUGUGAGUUGCAGAGCCCUAUCAUGCAGUAAGACGAAGGCGUUUCAAGUGCCGGUACAAAAAUUGUCACCCACACUUAAGUUUUAUGUCUCGAUAAGCAAGCUUAUUUUAGAAGAGACACCAAGGUCUUAUCUGUUCUGAUAUUGUAGACGCUAAUAACGAUGAAAGUGUGUUUCAUUGUUUUCGUAUAAUAAUUUGGCGCAAAAAGUUGUAAAAGACCAACUUCUUGUGGUAUUGGUGUUAAUAGCAAUUUGUUGUUAUUAUUUUUCAGAUGCGGGACCUUCGUCAUGAGAAUCUCGUUCAGUUUUUUGGAGCCACAGUUGAUCCUCCAAACAUCUGCUUUGUUUCUGUAUUUUGUCCAAAAACUCUGAAGGUAAAUAGCAUUUUCAACUUCGUUAUUUCCACUGUUGUUGCUGUACUAUUGACUGAUAUAACGCCUGCUCGAGAAAACAAAUACAUGUAUUUGGAGUACUUUUGCUUUUUUUUCUUUUUAUUCUUAGUUAUUUAUUUAUUUAUUUAUUUAUUUAUUCAAUACUUAUUUAUUUUUUGUAGGACUUUUUGGCUUGUUCUGACGUAAGGCUUGAUAAAACGUUCGUUACGUCUUUACUUUCAGACAUUGCAAAGGUGAGAAAGUUAGUCGCGAAAUGCAUAUGUUGACAGAGUCAACAUAUGGCAUCUAAGCUGACUGUAUUCAUGUAUAGGCCGUCUUGCUGCUACUGGUGCGAACGUCAUUUCCUGUAUAGCGUAAGAUCUGAGGAUGAUACGGCAAUGCAAUUCUGCAACCGUAUAAAAAUGCUAAUCAGUCUGUUAUUGUUUCUGAUCCCCAUUAAUGAUCCAAUACCCCUUUACCUUCGGAUUGACUUUCAGUCAGUAUUUAAUUUUGGUCCUUUUUACACUAUCUGCCCUGUGGAAAACUAUUCGACGUACAUUUGGCUUACAGUUUUGGAAUCGCCAUGUUUCGAAUCACAAUUUUUUUGUUUCGAUCUCGGGCGCUUACACUGAAAAAAGUUAGAACUUUAGUGUUUGAUCUCGUUGCACUGGUUAUCGAACCUCGGUGGAUUUUGUCGUGUUGGCUAUUUGCCCAAUGUUUUUAGUAUGUUUCUAACUUUGCUUUAUUUCAACAGGGAAUGGUAUAUUUGCAUUCCUCAGAAAUCAAGUCGCAUGGUCAUCUUAAAUCUACUAACUGCUUGAUUGACAGUCGGUGGACUUUAAAAAUUGCUGAUUACGGACUAUCAGCUUUCCAAGCCAAGUGUAAUUUGCAUGAAAAAUCAAGCAGCGGAGGUAAGAAAAAUGCAGGUAUUAUGAUAACGGUUCAUAAGUUGUAUAGACCUUGUCACGGUUUUCGACGCCAUCUUGACGAGUAGGCAAACGAGUUGGAAAUUGCAGUGUUUGUAUGAGCAUCUAAAGUCGAAUAAUUUCCAUAAAACGGCUGUUCUGAAGAAAAUAUCAGUUGUAAACUAAAGCUACAAAGCAAAGGUAACAGAAUUUGUUAAAACCCCCGCAUGGACACGAAUUUAAAGAGGUCUCCGAACGAAAUCUAAAAGGUAUAUAAAGUCUGUAAUUUUCCCGGGACUUUCUUAAAGACAAAUGUAUAGAAAAUUUAAAAAAGUGGUUCUAGUUCUUCUGUUGCAUGUAACUCCCUUAAUUUUUUUCAUUAGAAUCCUUAGGAAUGAAGCUUUAGUUUACAAAUCAUAUUUUUUUCAGAGGAGCCGUUUUACGUAAAAUUAUUCGGCAUUAGGUUCUCAUACAAACACUGUAAUUUCUCACGCAUUUGCCUACUCGUCAAGAUGGCGUCGAAAACCGUGACAAGGUCUAUUUCAUCGGCCACGAGUUCAUCAUCGGAUGAACCAAAAACAGUGACGGACAUGCAUUCUGCAAAGUAUCAGUUUCUUUAGGCACGAUGUAAAUCCGGGCUACAAACUGACGUACUUUAUUAGUUUUAAUGAGCUUCCAUCUUUUCGCCUGUCUUGUUCAACCGCAGUACAGGAUUUUGCUGCACAGAUCACAAAUCUCCGUUGGACACAAUGCAAUUGCCGACUUUUUUAUUUGCAAGUCUAAGAAGAUAGAAAGACAAAAUUAUGUUAGAUGUAAAAUUUGUUGAAAUGUGGAGCGAUGUCUACUUGUGUUUGUGACUUUAACUAUAUCUUGAGUUCAAUGCAAACAAUCUACUAAUAAGUGUUAUUUUGUGAAGUUUGUGCUUUAAAUUUUUAGACUUGCUCUGGACUGCCCCAGAACUUCUCCGAGAUUCUAAUCGACCGUCAAGGGGAACACAGAAGGGAGACGUGUAUAGCUUUGCCAUUAUUCUUCAAGAGUUCCAUACAAGAAAAGGACCCUACAGCAGUAACAUAAAUAUAAGUCACGAUGGUAAGAGUACUUUCUUUCAUUGCAUCCAGAACGGCCUAACAGGUUAUAAUGGUUUUGGAAUACGCUGUACAAGCCGAGUGGGUUCUAAUUGUUUAGUCGGUUCAUGAAAUUCUAAAGUAUGGCCAUUGUAGUGGAAGCUUCCUGAGCAGUACGUUCAUGUCGUACUGUUUAUUAUCUUGCACAAGAGAGUUUUAAUUUUAAGUCAGUGAGUGAAAUUCUAAAUUGUGGCCAUUUAAUGAAAUAUACUUGUGUGGUACAGCGAUAGUAUCGCCCAUUGUUUCCUCAAAAUACUUGCGGCUGCUUUACCAUUAGUUGAACACCACCUUUUCUAAAUUUGCUUCCUCCAUCAUUCCCUUUUCUCUGUUUUUCUCCAUACCCGUCCAUUCCUUGACGUUAUGAUCCCAUCCCAUCUAACUGCUGCCUGGUAGGCUCAGUUGGGAGAGCGCCGGCGUGCUGAGCGGGAGGUAGCGGGCUCAAACCCUGGCCGGUCCAACCCUCAGGGUCCUCAAAUAACUGAGAGGAAAGUGCUGUCUUUGAAACGUAGGUCCUGUGUCAUAGCAAUUUCACUUAGCUGGUUCUUAUGGGACGUAAAGGAACCCACAUGCACCACUGUUCGCAAAGAGUAGGGAACGUAGACCCCGGUGGUGUGGCCAACCUUUCCUAGGCUGGGUGGAUUAUCUAUAAGGAGAGAUCUUAAUAGGAUAAUCUUAAUCUUAAUCUUCAUAGGGAUAACCUCAUGAUCCUCCUUCAGCAUUCGUAAUGGCCACCUGUAAACAGUGUACUUGUAUGAUGUGUAUCCCUUCUCUUCUACCUCUUCUUUUUGAAUCUUUCACGUUGCGAUGUACAGUGUUAGUGAAACGAUGAUGGUAAGAAUAAACAAUAAAACUCCAACCUUUUUCUCUGUUGCAUUCAAGAAAUUAUCAAAAGAGUCGCAAGAGCGGAAGUGCCUCUUUUCCGUCCUACUGUCCACAGUUUCAUUAAUGAGCUGGACGAGCUAAGAGAUCUGAUGAAAAACUGUUGGGAAGAAGACCCGGACAGCCGGCCUGAUUUUACCGAGAUCAAAAGACGAAUCCAAAGGACAAUUUUAAAUAAAGGAAUGUGAGUUUUAAUAUGCAAGGUGUUAAUACGUUUCACUCUCUAGGUUAUACAAUGUAUUGCCGACGCAAGAGCAGUUUUCGGGGUACACUCUGGUUGAAAUUUUAUUUUUAUGGGAACUUUUGACUUUUGCAUGUAGAGACGGUGUUUAAGACACGGUUUCCUUGUUGAUUGAUUUAUUGAUUAGUGACUUAUUCAUGUUACAAGCUCAGCUGUAGGUAUUAGACAACAGUGAAGCCUUGAUAUACCGAAGGGCCGAAUAAGGUCGCUUUUAAAGGAGCUGUGUCACGAAAUUUAUCGAAACGUAAAAGGUGGCAACUGCCUCCAAGUUGAGUGAAGCAUAAAAAUGAGCCCUCAAAACAUUAAAAGAAGCUACAAAUAACACAGUAAAUACAAAAGGAGGCACGGAUGGACAAAACUUGAAGAAGAUUGAAACGGAUUGCAAUUGUUGUUUUUGAAAACAUGUUGUUAGCCUAACAGUUUUUCAAAAUUCACUUUUAAUGUUUGUAACGUUUGAUAUAAUGUGUGGGAGACAUAUUUGUUUGACUCGAAGCUGUGGUCUUGUCAUUUAGUGGUAGUUUCUAAGUUCCAUAGCCAACAGGGACGCGUAGUUGCAUAUCUUAAUUAACAAAAUGAUUAAGACAGCCGUGACACAGCCCCUUAAAAUAACAAGAUGUCGGUUAGCCUGCGAAUUCUUGGUUUGCAACCCAACUGACAAGGCGAGCUAAGGCGGCCAUGUUGGGGGUCAAAACAAUACAGUAUAAUUUUUUCUCGAAGAAUUUACAAAGGAAAAAGAGUUUUAAUUAGUUCUCAGAGGAAAGAAAUGCUUUUGUUCUUGACCAACAUCAUGACCGUCCGGACGUCACGUGCAAACCAUCAAUACAGCCCGAUCUCUCCUCGCUCCUCACUGCUAAACGGAGGGACGGACGCUGGUUAUGAAUGCAAACAUCGUUUUGUUGACAAUAUGACUCUAUAGCUAUUUUAGCCUCUUGUUUUCUUUUACUAGGAGGACCAAUAUUUUCGAGAGCAUGAUUCAUAUGAUGAUGAAUUAUGCGGAUAAUCUAGAAGACAUCGUGGCUGAAAAGACGGGACAACUGAUAGAGGCAAAAAGGGAAACUGAAGAGCUCCUUUACAAAAUACUACCACGGUAUUGUUUGCUUUUAUCUUUUGUUUGUGUAAUGGGUUAAAGUUUAUAGUAAUCAUUAAAUUCAUGAAGUUCCGUCUUCUGACAUUAAGAUUAAAAGAUCAAUGUUAUGUUGUUAAUGCCAUCGCUAGCAGUUUUUUUUUUGUUUGCUCGUUAAAGUCUAACAGUUAAACUUUUUGUUUUGUUCCUUAAAAAGGCCAGUUGCAGAACAACUAAAAAAGGGAAAGAGUGUCGAGGCAGAAAACUUCGAUGAAGUGUCCAUCUACUUUAGCGAUAUUGUGGGAUUUACGGAACUCUCCUCGGAGAGUACACCUAUGCAGGUAUUUGGAUAUUUGACACUUGUACGUUGGUUUUUUUUAUUUAAUGAAACAUCACCAAUGUCUACCUUUAUUAUGUUGUCCUUCUUUGUUACUAUGAGGCUUUCUAUUUGUCCCUUGAAGAGGCCAGUCAUUUUCUGUCCUUUCGUCAUCAUCAUGAUCAUGUGCAUCAUCAUCAUCAUCAUCAUCAUCAUCGUCGUCGUCAUUGCGUCGUCGUCAUCAUCAUCAUAAACAUCAGCAUCAGCAUCAUCAUCAACAACAACAACAACAACAACAACAACAGCAGCAACGACAUUAGCAGCAUCAGCAACAGCAACAACGUCAACAUCAGCGACAACGAUUGGAAGCCCAGGAUCCUAGCUCUAACCCUUGUAGUCAUUUCUCAACUGAUCGUCUUGUUCAUGUCUCAUUGGGUAUUCCUUUCUUGCCUUGUGGCGCCUAUGAUGUGGUGGUGAUAAUAAUGGUUUCAAAGCUUUCUUAAUCCCGACCAAUGCUAUGCAUUGGUAACAGUUCCACUCCACUAACACGCUAAUUUGCGCAAACGAGACAAUUAUCUGAAUUUGCAUUUGCCAGGUUGUGACUCUUCUUAAUGACCUAUACACUUUGUUCGAUGACAUCAUAAGCGAGUAUCGCGUAUACAAGGUACGUCACAUUGAUUACGUAAAGACAAACUACUCAGCUAAAGCCUUUCACUUCAUUUACCUGUUUCUACUUGGUGAGGUUGCAUUUUCACGAUGUAGGUCAGCUAGUAUCUUGUUUCUUUCGUAACAGGAAUUUCUAAAUAUUGCGGGUAGAGACACUAAAAUAGUAAUGAUAGAUAUGGUUGGGAAGUAUGUAACGUGGUAACGGAGCCAGCGUAGCCGAGCGGUUAGAGCGCUGGACUUGUAAUCCCGAGGCUCCGAGUUCAAGUUCCGCCGUUGCCCCUAGGUGGAUUUGUUCUCGGUAGUCCUGAGUUCAAAUCCUCGGCCACGCUCGUAAAUAACCAACUGGUUCGCCUCCUACCAGUUGGAAUUUUUCACCAUGUUAUAUUCCAUGUGUUCCAUUAUUUGUUUCAUUAUCCCUGAAAGCCCCAUAAGGAGAGAGGAUAAUUAAAGUAUUCUUCUUAUUAUUAUUAUCAUUAUUAAAUAAGCGAUUGAUUAGCAACGUGAUAAAGCGACGCUGGAGCCUCCAGUUUCUAUUAUGUGUUGCUGCGUAUAAGGGCUCAGUUUGUGAAAUUCCGUCUGAGAUUUGACGAUUCAGAAUACUGUGCCGUGCUAUCUUGUGGUGCUUUAAUGGUAAAGAAAACUGUAGAACAGUACAUAUUUUCAAUUUCAAUUAAGGAAUAAAACAGCUUUAUCCACCCUAAUCUAUCGUAUUCGUAUCGUAUGUUAUCCCGCCACUAAUUUCUUUUUUUUGAAAUUUUAGGUUGAAACAAUUGGUGACGCGUACAUGGUGGUCUCUGGUUUGCCUAUUAGAAUUGGACCUAACCAUGCAGAGGAAAUAUCAAUGAUGGCAUUACAUUUGCUAGACGCUGCCAAAAAGGACUUUGUCGUUCGUCACAAACCAGAUUACAAACUUAAUCUUCGAACUGGUAUCCACAGCGGUAGGUGAAGCGAACUGUUUAGAUACACACAUACAGUUGAAUCUCUAUUAAGCGGCCACCCUCUAUUGAGCAGCAAGUAAUUAAAGUUCCGAAAUAAUUGUAAAAAAAGAAUGGAAAAUUAAACCUCUAUUUAGCGGCCACCUCUAUUAAGUGACCGCUGCCACCUUUAUGCUGUCCCAACCAGAGUUCUCCCAUUGUUGUUACCUCUAUUAAGCGAUUGAUAUAUAUAUAUAUAUAUCUAGCCGGAUUUAUGAAAACCGUACCAUCGGACACCAGCAGCCCACACACCUUAAACUGACUCAACUAAAGUAAAUAUGGCCAAGACACUCUGCUCUUACCCAUGGUUCUCUUAAGUUGACUCUCUUCUUGGUUCCUGAUUAGCAAAAGAAAUAUUCCAGUCUAUCAAAAAGACACUCUGGACUUGUCCAUACACUCUAGCUGCUUAAAGGCCCUGAAUGACGGAGGACGCUUGAGACUUAAGCAAGUUCUAAGCAGAGAAAUUCAAGGUUAAAUCACCCCCCCCUGACUUCCUCCACCCCCCCCCCCAGCCUAGCACGUGCUUGAGGGGAAUGCUUUCAUUGGCCAAUGGGCCUCAAACGUUACAAGAAUUUGACAUGACAAACUAAAGGAAGACAUGACCAGUGCACUGACUCUGAGACCAGGACUAACGGAAGGUACAACGCUUUUGCAGCACCCUACCCCCCUAGGGAUUGACAUGGAGGCCCCUUUCCAACCCAUGGCGAGUUAGCUCAGGGACUGACCUUGUCAAUGAGACCAACCAGGACAGCAAGUCCCCUAUGUUUUUUCUCACCGCAGUGACCAGAAAGCUGGCUAUCACCAGCUUUCUGUGCGAAUAUUCUGGUCCAUUUUGAGGUAUGUUUUCAAAAAUUCGGCUAGAUAUAUAUAUAUAUAUAUAUAUAUCUAUAUCAAGUGAUUGAUAUACUUAGUUUGGCUUCAUUUCAAGAAUAUAGUGAAGGAAAACACAGUCCGUAAUAUAAAAAAGCCAGUUGAUGACCGAUUGUGGACUAGUAAUGCUUCUCCCUUCGCAUGUUUGUUACAAAAUAAAGUGAUGUUUCGGCUAAAGAUUAUGCUAAUCUGUGACAAACCUCACUGAGCUGCCAACCUCUAUUAAGAGUCCACUUGCUGGAACCCCGAGGGUGGCCACUUAAUGGUGGUUUAACUUUAAUCAUGUUUGUAGGCUGGUCUUAAUUUCAAUAUUCCCCUGAAUGGUGCUGUUAUAUACACUCCCAAAUUAUAUUACCCCGCUCCAUUGCAUAAAUUUGUUGACUGUCAUCAAUUAAAAACGAAUUGGUUUGACAUCUCAUAAUAAUAAGGUAGCCCGUCUUUGAACAAUGUGACCAUGUUUCUUAAAACAACAUUUCUUUGUUAAUUGGUUCUGCAGAAAUAAUUUUAAAAAGCUAAGCAUCCCAACCUAACAAAACCGUGGGUCAAUUUAAACGGAACGAAACAGUUGUGCUCAUUUCUCCACGUUUAACACUUCCUACUGUUUUUACGCUUGUCGUUAAAUCAAAUUGCCUCGUUUGCUAAAGUAUCUGCUUGUGGAGUUAGUUUUUGCCUUGUCCUUCAUCACGCUUCAUGUCUUACGUCAGUUUACCAAGACAAACUUUCACUUCUUUUUCCUCUUUUACCUUCGCCCACUUCCCCGUGGUCGAAUAUUCUGCUGUCUCUAUUUUGUUAUUGUCUUCUACUCAGGUCCAGUCGUUGCGGGCGUGGUCGGCAACACUAUGCCUCGUUACUGUUUGUUCGGCGACACAGUAAAUACUGCGUCCAGAAUGGAAUCUAAUGGAGAGGGUAAGGGUCAGCUUGUUCUGAACUAAUGAUAAUUUUUCCAGUGACAUUACAAGUAACUGCCUUGAUAGCAAGUUGGUUAUGCGUUUUGACAAGGCCGGCUGCCCCGCGAAUUACGUUAGAGUAUAAACGCAAACUGAAGUGUUUCAAUCUGAACCUGGUAAGACACUCCUGUUUAUAGGUCUAGGUGUUGGGUAUAGAAUAAGAUGUAAAUAAGAAGUAAGUAAUAUGUUAAAUUUGGUUUUAUAUUGAGCUGAGUAAAGCCCUUUUCCUGGAAAGGUCAUGAUUGGUCAUAGGACCCUUCUCCUUCAAAGAUAUAUGUAAUCGGCAGUAUUUAAUCGCUCUGAAGUCUUUUUCCAAAACCUUGACGCCUUUCUUUCUUCUGUCUUUCGUUUAUUGUCAUUUGUUUUGCUGUAUUUUAGGCCUUAGAAUUCACAUAAGUGAAGCUACAAAGACAAUUCUAGAUUCACUGGGAGGUUUUAUAAUUGAGGAGAGAGGUCAAAUAUGCAUUAAGGUGAGGACGUACUUAUCGUCUUUAACGUAAAUCCUGGGGACACUGUGAAUUGGGGUGGUUAUAAUUUAUCAAAUUCAAAAGUUAUCGUUUCUGAAAAUACACUAGCGAUAAAAAUUAAUAUGUUGAAAUGUGGCCUUAAACUGCUGUCCGUUUUAAAAAAAAGAUAAAAAUCAAAGCUUUCGCCGAUCGACGGCAUCAUCAGGGGUGAGAAAAUAUUCGACGUGGAGCUAUAUAUAUAUACAAAACUGGUGUGAGGUAAAAUGUGUAAAAGCGUGACAAUAAUGCAGAAGUCUGUUUGAAAGGUAGAGAAAUAAAAAUUGAAUAGAGUACAAUGGUCUAAUGACCGAGUGUCUCUAGACAAGGGUCUCUUAAAAUACAUAUAAAUAGUCUCUAAAAACACCAAAAAACCCUAAAAAAAAGGUCUGCAAAUUCGCUACAUUUCUCACGGGAAUUGAGGGUAGGCUUGUACUUAUGUAAAAUGCCUCGCAUAGGGUCGUUUUCAUUCUAAAUAAUCUUGACUUCGAUGCCUUUAUAGUCAUUGUUCUGGUAGGAAUAGAUAUGUUUUUCAAAGAGGAGUUUUAAUUAUUGAGGUGUUCUUUUAUGCGAUCGUGGAUUAAGCGUGUCGUGCUACCCAUGUAUUGCUGAUUGCAGCUGUUACACGUGAUCUGGUACUCCGUUUCUUCGUAAACACAAUUUGGUGCUGGAGAUGGGGCACUUGUCUCUAGUGCAUGCGCGCUCCAUGGUGUUGUGAGAUAGAGCUCGGCUAAGGGUGUAGGAUUUGUGGGCAAUGCGUACUGGGACUCGUUCUGAAAUCGGAAUCUUAAGGUAUGACCCUUCCGUGUUGGAAGGUUGAGGGUUUCUUUGAGGACUCUGUGGACAUUUUGUUUACUCUAUACUGCUCUCUGGAUAACCGUUAUGCGGAGGAUGUCAUGGAAUGUGUUUAGGUGCUGCAUUGCUGAUAUCUGUGAGGAGCACCUGUCCUCGAUGCGUUUCCGCUCGUUGCGAAUGAAGUUGAUUUUGGAUUUCAUGGGUAUAGCUGAUUGAUAAUGGACAAAUAACUUUUUUUCUAGAAUUCAAAAGAGCUGUUGCCAUCCUUGGAUAUGGUGAAAUCGAGUAGUGAAAGUGACAGGCUAUUCGGUGUUCUUUCUAAUUUUUCCAUUUCAAAUUUCAAUUAAGGGUGCACAUUGUUCAUUGUAUGGUGGAAGUGGUCUGCCAUUUCUUCAUUAGCCAUUUGGAGAUAAAUGUCGUCAAACAUACCUCCUGUAAGGGCUUAUCAUUACUGGUGUGAGGAGAGGGUGAUGGUUUCAAGUUUGUCCAUGAAAAGAUGGCCUGUAUGCCUGAAAUGCUAGAACCCAUGGGUAGGCCCUCUUUUUGGCGGAAACUAGAUCUUUGAAGGAGAUGGAUCCUCUGCAACUUGCUUUCAAGUUCUUCUUUAGACUCUGGGCCCAGUUGUUCGAACGCCGAUUAGCGCUUAACCCGGGUUAAAUUUAACCUUUGUUUCUUUUUCUUGUGUUCAAAAGCAUUUUCUCGGAUAAUUUUCUCUGUUAUUUUUAGAGCUUCCAAUCAUCAACUUGUAGACAAAAAGAAUUUAAACGGAAAUGCUUUUUAUGCUGUGUUUACACUCAAGCGUUUACUAAGGUAAACAUUAACUGACUAAACCCUGGUACAUUUGUACAGUGUUUAUACGGGCUCAGAUAACUAAGGUAAAUCUGUCAUCAAUCACAACCUAAUCGCAUUGGCGGCAAAUUCUAAAUCCACGCAUAAAAUGCUCGCAUUUAAAAGGGAAACUGUGGCUCUUGUAGUCCUCGCGUUUUAUUUUCUUGUUCUUGAUCAGCAAACCCAGGAAUCGAGAUUGCAGCAUCUCUUACUUUUGCAGCACCUAAGGAGGUCGAGGCAAAAGUGAUUAAUUCUGCUACAAAUUGCCCUUCGCAAAACAAGGCGCGAUAGACGUGCGUGGUCGUGGCCGAGAAACCAAUUCUGGUUCGAAACUCUAUUAAACGGAAAUUUUGUUGUGGACCGAAACCAAUCGUGGAAACCUGGUCGAAAACCUGGUCUCGAAAACGUGAUCGAACGAGAGUGACGCAAUCCCGACACCACAGGAUGUGAAAUUCUAUGCGACCCGCAAGCGGAUGUAUCUGUCAUCCAAACCUUGGUUACCGACCUUAACCAUGCCUGCUCGCAGGGUAAACCGAACUUUUACCUUAGUUAACCUUCUAUUGUCUUGAGCGGUGUUUCUCGCACUAACCCUGGGUUAUCAUAACCCAGCUUUGAACAACUCGGCCCUGGUCUGUCAGUGAUGUGCCGGGUUUGUGGAUAAGUGAGGAAAUGUGAGUUUUGAGGGUUUGAAUCACGGAAAUGUUUUCAUCGUAUUUGGUUGGCUAGUCGUCGGUAGAAUGCAAUACUGAUGCUCGUGAUUGUGUGUUCAUUUACUCCAGGAGAGAGUCUAAACUUGCCGGGCCUUUACUGGGAUAGGAGGUUGAUUUCUUGAUCGUUAAGGUUGCGUGUGAGGUCAGUGAUUAGGGUUGUUUCGUUUGUGGUCCUUGGGGAGUGUGUAUAGUUUGUGUCGACUGGUGAUAAAUUUAGCAAACAUUUCUUUGAAAUUAUGGCUUGUUUUGUUUGACAGGGAAAGGGUAAUAUGUUGACGUAUUGGCUGGUUGAUCACACCCAUAGAAGACGAACUCGUCACCAUCGUUCUCCAAAGAAAUCGGCUCGUCGUUCGACGAUGAUGAAUCUUUUCCCAUGCCUUACUAACGAGGAAUCCUGUAUCACGCGUUCUUCGAGUCUGCGAAGAUCGUUAAAAUCAGCCUCCAGUAGCCCAGCGUUGCCCAAAGCUGUAGUGGUUAUGACUGACAAUGAUGGCAUGGAAAACAACCGUAAGAAAAAAUCAAACGAUCACUCUAUUACGAGUGUUUGA